GCGUACUUGUUUAUUACUGCAGAAACCCAGAAGAAAAUAUCAAAUUAAGAUCAAAGGUUGUCUGGCAAGUAAGGCAACCUUUGGUCAAACCUAAAGAGACAAACAACACGUAGGUUAAGGUCCGACGAAUGGAACAAACAGGAAACACUCCAUCAUGACCAGUACGGAGGAAAACUACGAGCCCCCGAGGAAAAAACCAGCCCCGCCGGCGAGCUGCCCGCAGGUCUACCUCACCCCGCCCCCGCAGCCGAGAGACAAGAAGCCCGGGCAGCUCAGUAAGGCGCAGGUCGACCAGUACUUCAGAGACGGUUACCUGGUGGUGACUGACUUCUUCCCGCCGGAGGAGCUGCAGCCCGUGCGGGAGGCGGUGGAGGAGCGGGUGGACCACCUGGCACAGACGCUGUACCGCGCCGGCAAGAUAAAAGACAAGCACGAGGAGGCAGGCCUGUUCCAGAGGCUCACGCUGCUGAAUGAGGAGUUUCCAGGGGCAGCAGUCGUGCUGGUGAAAUCACGCAGGAACAUGCCCAAGGCCUUCCGUGAUCUUUGGUCUCACGAGCGGCUGCUGAACGCCGUGGAACAGCUGAUCGGACCGGACAUAGCCGGACAUCAGGUCUGGAACCUCCGGAGUAAGACACCAACGAAUGAAGCGCUGACGGUCCCAUGGCACCAAGACAAUGCAUACCUGCUGCCCGACUGCCUCGGCACCCUGCAGCCGACAGCCUGGAUCCCGCUGUUAGACGCUACGAAGAAGAACGGUUGCAUGCAGGUCCUGAAGGGCGGGCACAGGAAGGGCAUCACCGCUACUCACACGUGCUGCGCCGGCGGGACGUGGUACGUGGAGGUGUCGGCAGAGGAGAUGGAGAAAACCUUAGGAUGCGACAUGGAGAGGGACCUGGUGACAUGCGAGGUUCCGUAUGGGGGAGUCCUCUUCCUCAACAACUGCAUUCCUCAUCGCAGUCUGGAGAACUACUCUGAUGAGAUCCGUUGGAGUCUGGACCUCCGCUGGCAGGACCCGAACAAACCGUCGGGGUUCUGGGGAGAAAAGGACCUAGUCUUGAUGAGGACAGCAAAGGAUCCUGGGUACAAGCCACGAUGGGAGGAGUUCUUACAUGAUGAGGGGGAGGAGGAGGAUGGAAAAGUGAAUCCAGCAGAUUUGGAGCCUACCAUCCAGGGUCCCUGGAUGCUGCGCUGGGAAAUUGUGCACCACAACAGGCACACUAAAGCACUCACGUCCUGAAUCUUACCGCCAACUACUGUACUAAUGCCUGGGUCACAAUUGCAAAGGGUCUAUACAUAUCAUGCCCGUAGCCAGGGGGG